GCGCCGCACGCACGCUGACCGCCGUGACGUCAGUAUCGAUUGUUAUGUAGACGGUGGAGGCCAUGCACAUCACGGCGGGCCCGUCCCCCGCCUCCGGCGAAAUGGCCGGCCCGUGCGACGACGUCCCGGAGUCCUCCCACACCGUCGAGAUCCCCUACCGGGAGACCCCCGAGAAACCGAAGGUCGACGACGAGCCGGACCUCACGAAUCUGACAUGGCUCCAGAACAUCACCAACAUCAUGGCCGUGCCGGACUUUCUGCCGCCCAUGUCGCCCAAUCCGGAGAAGUGUGCCCCACAGAACACGAGGCUGCAGAAGUUUAACCAGACUAUAGCGAGGUGCCAGGCGGACUUUACGGAGAAUAAGGCGGAGUACCAGAGGAACAGCGAGAGGAAGCCGCCGUACUCGUACAGCACGCUGAUCUGCAUGGCCAUGAGGUAUAACAACGACAAGAUGACGCUAUCUGCCAUCUACUCUUGGAUUCGCGACAACUUUAAGUACUACCGGAACGCGGACCCCACCUGGCAGAACUCCAUACGACAUAACCUAUCACUGAACAAAGUAUUCGUCAAAGAAGCAAGAUCGAAACAUGAACCUGGGAAAGGAGGGUUCUGGAAGCUCGACCUUGCACAUUUGGAGGGCACAAAACGGAUCUCCAACCGACCGCACAAGAAGAAGAAGAACGUCGAGAAAAAAGAAACAAAAAUUACCGAAAUGAGCGAAGACAACAUAGCUAUAGCCAAUAUACCGCAAAUAGAAAAUUCCGAUAUUUUAACCGACAUCGGCCAAGCGGUGACUCUACAUUUGCCGGAGUAUAACCUUCAAGUGUUGCCAGAUGUAGAUAUGGAGGUAAAUAUUGGAGCAAAUGUGAUAGUGGAACCAGUGGCGCCACCUUCUUUGAUCGUAGAAGAUGAUCUUUCUUCCCUUCUGCUUAAUCCGACGGAUUGGGACGACCUGCAGCUCGAUUUGGACAAUUAUCUGGACUCUUGUUUCAAGUAAGAUUUAAUAAAUUAAAUAUACUAUUUUAUGGUGGCAGUAUUGCCAUGUUAACUUGAUUGAUGCCCGGUUUCUGAAGUAAAUUGGUCUGUAAUUUAUGCAUUUCUAACUUCAAAUUGACAGAACAUAAACCAAGUUUAUCUUGAACGAACGAUAAG